GCUGUUGGCUCUGAACGCGGUGUCUCUGUUUACCUGCCGCUGGCUCUCUUUGUCCGCUCCGAGACUCAAAGCGGCAGAAAGGAGGACAAUGUCCGCCGUGCAGCUGCUGCGGGUGUCGGUACAUGAGCGGAUCCGCGCGGCCGCUGAACACUUCCUGCUGCGGCUGGAGAAAGGAGAAGAACCGGCUCGAGUCCCGGCGCUGAGAGCGAUGCUCACCGAGCGGCUAACGGCGGAGAUCGUCGCUGUGUUUGAGGAAACCGUGGCGGAGUACGAGGACCGAGUGGAGCGGUCCGAGCGGGAGGUCUGCCGCCAGAGGAGGCUGCUCGAUGCCGUGAUGAAGCCCGAAGUCCGGCUGCACAGAGCGGAGCUGCUGCUGCCGUCAGUGAACCUGGAGCAGACGGACCCCCGGCCUCCGGACCUCCGGCCUCCGGACCCUGCAGACCUGAACCAGCCUCAGCCUGAUGUCACGGACAGUGAUGUGUCCUGCCCGUCCUCGCCGUCCCCUCGCUGCUCCUCGCCCGCCUGCAAGCCGCCCGAGUCUCCGAGCAGCUCCGUCCUCCCCAGCGACAGUGACCCAGACAGCGACUGGGACCAGCAGCACCAGGCUCUCAGAUCUCACAGUAAAAAAAAAAGAGGCCGCCCGCCGCUUGGCGUCAAAAACAAGCGUAAGCGGUCGACUCCGUCCCGGUCCUUCAACUGUCUGGUUUGUGGACGGGCUCUUCUGGGGAAAGGCUACCUGCUCAAACACGUCCUGCAGGUCUGCUUCAAAGACAGACAACACCGCUGCGGCUACUGUGGCGAGCGUUUAGACUCGGCCAGCGCGCUCAAGUCUCACCUGCAAACCCACCAGGACACGUGUAGAACCUGCCCCUACUGUAGGAAGAGCUUCCAGUCCAUCCUGGCUCAGGAGCUGCAUGUGCGCCUCCACACCGGAGAGAAACCGUUCAGCUGCAGCGCCUGUGGCAAGAUGUUCAGCCAGAAGGGAAACCUGACGUCCCACCUGCGCGUCCACGCAGCAGAGAAACCUUUCCAGUGUCAAGAGUGUGGCCGGGCCUUCUGUCACCUGACAUCUUUAGACCGACACAUGCAGCAGCACAAGGACCAGGUGGUGCACACCUGCAGCGUCUGCGCUCAGGAGUUCAGGAAGCCACACGGCCUGCGACGACACAUGAUGACUCACCAUAAAGAGGCCGCCCACAAACCAAAGAGAUUCCGCAGCUCUGCUCCCUCCUACAUCUGUAAAGUCUGCGGGGACACCUUUGGCAGGAAGUCCUUCUUAGUGAAACAUGCGGAGACUCACCUGCAGGAGCCCGACUGCUGCUGUGGCCUCUGUGGUCAGCAGUACGAGUCCGCGGCACGCCUCGCCGAUCACUUCAACUCCCACCGCGACGUCAGCAACACCUGCGACACCUGUGGGAAGUGCUUCAUGGCUCACGCGGCGCUGCUGAUGCACAUGAGGAUUCACACCGGAGAGAAACCCUUUCCCUGCCACUUGUGCAGGAAGUCUUUCAAUCAGAGCGGCAACCUGAAGAUGCACCUGAAGAUACACACCGGUGAGCGGGCGUUCUCCUGCAGCAUCUGUGGGAAGGGCUUCACCCAGAAGCAGACCCUGGACACUCACGUCCGCUUCCACAACAAAGAGAGACGCUUCCUGUGUCAGGUCUGUGGGAAAGGCUUCAUGCAGGACGUGGACCUGAAGAGACACCUGCUGAUCCACACCGGGGAGAGGCCGUACGCCUGCAGGGUCUGUGGGAAGAGCUUCCAGGCCAAACGCUCCCUCAACGGACACCUCAAAGUCCACACAGCAGGGGGCGCUGAGACCGGGACGGACCAGGACCAGGACUCAGAGCAGCAGGGGGUGAACAGCUUCUACUCAGGACUCCUCCAGCUGUAGAGUCCAGACUCCACUCAGGUCUUCAUAGCUCUGCUCCCUGUCAGUGCUCCAUCUCAACAUCUGCUUCUAGUUCCUGACGAGGGUCUGAUCUCAAAGUUAGCUCCUUUCGUCUUUUCAGUAACAUUUUAUAUGAUUAAAGGUUCAGUUGAGAGAAUUUUCCCUCUCUCUCUCUCUCUCUCUGUCUCUCUCUCUCUGUCUCUCUCUCUCUCUCUCUCUGUCUCUGUCUCUCUCUGUCUCUCUCUCUCUCUGUCUCGCUCUCUCUCCUCUCUCUCUGUCUCUCUCCCUCUGCCUCUGUAAAGUAAAUGAUUCUAAUGCUCUCAUAUUUUGAACUUUGUCAGGAAGUGUUACACUUUUAAUAAACUUGAUUAGAAGAAGCAAAAGAAUAAAAACUCUCAAUCAAAAAGCCUCGGGGAGUAAAUCUUCCUCAGGGACUCGACCUCAUGUCCUGGCAGGCGUCUCGUUCUUAGUGGUUUAUUUUUAUCAGCUGUUUCUCUUGUUCUAGUAAAUCAAACAUGAGCCCUCCCCCAUUCAUUUGGAGAAAGAACCCUGUUUAAUGUAUAUGAACAUCUUUAUGUUAUGAAGUGAGGAUUAAUGUGAUUGUAUUUGGCUCAGGUUCAAAUCUUUGUCAACAAACGUGCAGCGAAUGAAAAACAUCUUCAUGUGUUGUGUAGUUUGACAGACCGGAAAAACAUCACACAUCACACAAGUAGGGACACACAACACGUAGCUUUACACAACACUGUUUCACUUUACAGCAGCAAAAUGUUACUGAAGGUCAGAACAGCACAUCGAGCGUUGAGGAGAAAUGACCAAGAGAUUAAGGGGACAACACAAUUACAGUUCUAUCUCAGAGAGCUUAAUGGACAGUCUUUGGAAGACGUGGCAUCAGAUCGAUAGAUUCCGGCUGAUCUGGGAUCGGUUCAUCUCUAAAUCUAAUAACUGAUAAAUAACCAAACUGAUCAGAAACACUUGAACAAACAGAUAAGAACGACUGAUAUGACAGAAACCAUCUUGGAUUUAUUCUGUUCGGUCCAUGUCCCAUCAGUUAACGUGGAGAAGGGGUUUAUGACAUACUGCAGGCAGCCACCAGGGGCUCACUUUCUGAAAGCUACACUCAGUGGAUAUAUAAGCAUGAAAAUAAUUAUUUGAACUGCAAACGACUGAUAUCGAAACUUUGUUUUAAACUUUCUCAAAGGUUUGAAUGUCUGUUGAGUUCAGUAACUUUGAUAAUCACAGACGAAGACGACAUGUACAGACAACAAACGAUAAAGGUUGUUUGUCAAUAAUUUUUUCUCCAUAUCAGGAACCAGGAGAGUGAUUGUUAUGAUAAAUCUCUUUAUUGAUGGAUCAGAUUCUUUUUUGGUUCCAGUCUGUGACGUGUUUGACCCCAGAGACGAACCGGCUGUUAAUCAAACGUCCAGUGUCUCUGUGAUGUUCAGACGGGUUCUCCAUCAGACAACUGACGGGUUCUCCAUCAGACAACUGACUGGAGCUUCCACCGCAGGACGGACGUCUUCCCCGGGGACAGAACACGUCCCCACACAUGGACCAGAAGGGAUUGUUGUCCCUGACACAGUGUUUCCUUCAGUUCUCAGAUACAUGGGGACGUGGUCAGUGUCUGUGGGGACGGAACAUAUGAUUUUCUUCUCAGAGGACAGACGUGUCUCCUCAGAUUGAGGUGCAGGACAUCGCUCGGUUCUUCUUCUGUCUGGACUCGACAUAGAACCACGUGUUCUGGAGAACUCGUCUGGAUCCACGACAUCGACCAUGAGGAACAGGAGCGUGUAAAAAAUCAUAAACUCAGUCCUGGAUUGUCUCUGGCUCCAGAUACUACAUUACCCACAAUCCUCAGCUGCUCCUGGACAAGAAGUGGUAAACCCGUUGCCGUGGUAACAGAGUUAAAUGGUUGUUAUUGUUGUGUACGUGUUUUAAUUGGUUUCUGUGAUAUUACUUUUUUUUACCUUUUUGAUUAAAGCUGUGAAUUUUUA